AUGUACCCAAGGGCACUUUCACGUGGAAAACCACGUGAAAAUGGUGCGAUCAGAAGAUCUUACUCUAGAGAAACAGUCUUUGCUCCUAACACUCAUGGAGAAAGGAACGGUACCGGAAGAGGAAGAGCUGGAAGAGGGGGGCGUGGUCGUGGCUUUGGAAGACGGGGAGGCAGAGGAGGAGGAAGGAGUGGAGGUGAUGAAGACAGAGCACAGGGGCACAAUCCCCGUCAAGUAAGGCUCGGAUUCAAAGCACUUCAAGAACUAGACACUAAAACCCCUGACGAAAUCAUUCUGGAUUUGACAUCAAGCCGAUGCUUCCCAGCUACCGAGUUUUUACUGAACCAACAAUCAGUCAUGAAGGAUGACUGGAUUGUACUGACAGUGAGUAUCGUUGCCAAGGCCUGCGGUUGUAGUUCCAAGGAGUACUUAAUCAAGCUACUAAACCUUCUGCCCAAAUCACUAUUCUUCAAUGCACAUCUAAGACCACUCCUCAACAGGCUGUCCGCUUGCUCCAUGCCUUCCACAGAAGUAGCCACGUUUCUAAAAAAUUCGCUGAAAAUGACGAAGGAGUUGCUUCGAAUAUUCCCGAACUCAUACGCCGACCUUCCAGUGUCUGAUUUGUAUUGUGGAAUCAGGAUUUUUUCCGACACCCAACAGUCUGAUGUUGCCUUAGUGGCAGAAGGAGAGGAACUGAUGAAGCUGAGGAGUCAAAAGGCAGAUGAGCUGAAGAAGGUGGAGGAAGAAAAACAGCACAGAAGGAGACCACGGAGAGACGGUGAGUGUGCAUAAUACUGAAGUUGAUACGAUUACGGCUGUAUUUACGUUAAAAAGCUGUUGUUUAGUGUUGUUUUUUGUGGUGAGAUAAGUCGCCCAACAUACCUAAGCACUCCCAAAAAAAUGUAGUUUUACUCCUUGCUGUUGCAGACGGUUGCAAUCACCAAAUGGCGUCGUAAUACAAAAGAUUAUAAGGCACAGAACUACACCCACACCAAAAAUAAUGUUGCCACACGUCAAAUUGUUCGUCAUUUUUUGUUAUAGCUGGAGAGAAUGAUGAUGUAGAUCCACCAGAUAAUUUCCGUGAGUACAGCGUUAUACCAACGCAACAGGACAUCUUGACAGGAGAACGUCCCUUCCUCAGAAGGAACAAAACUGAUGGUAGCUACAAUGACGUAGAACAUUAUUUGGACGUACAAUUUCGUCUCCUUCGUGAAGACUUCGUGAGGCCCCUACGUGAAGGAAUUGCUAAGCUGUUAGAGCGCAUUGGCUCUGCCAAGCUUAGUGGCCUUCAAGACAUCCGCGUGUACAAAGAUGCCCGACUGUUAUACCCUGUGUGCACGACGGACGGACUUCGGUACAAGAUUAAAUUUGAUAACACCAGCUUAAGAAAUGUGCGUUGGGAGAACAGCAAACGAUUGAUCUUUGGGUCGCUAGUGUGUCUUUCUAAGGACAAGUUUGAAAGUUUUGUGUAUGCUACCAUAGCAAAUCGUGAUCCUAAAGAAUUAAAGCAGGUAAGUUUUCAUCCUUUUCCACACAUUCUUCCUCUCACAUUCUACCUAACAUCAUCCUCGGAGCCCCAGGGGCAUUCUGUAGGGUUGUAAGAAACGCUGCAGGGUAGGUUUCAAGCACGUGCGGAAGAGCCCCCGUGCCAAAAAUCUUUCGUCGCACCGUUUCUCCCGAUCUUACUGACUGCCUAUGAUGAUGAGUGGUCCCCUAUUUUUCCUCAGGGAUAGUAGAGGGAGCGAAACGGGAGCGCGCGUGAAAAUCAUCCCAAGCGAGAAAAAGCGACACGCGACGGGGAGGAUCUCUCUCACUCCUCGUCGCGAGUCCUUUCUCGCAUGGGGUGAUUUUCACGCUCACUCGCGUUUCGCUCGCUCUCUUAUCCCUGAGGGAAAAUGUGUGGACUACUCGUUGUCUAAAAAUCGAUACUAAAUACCUAAAAAUCAUUCAGAAUACUUUGCAAUUUUGGUGACCCUGAAUUUUCAAUAGAAGAAUAUUUCCGCUUAUUUUAAGGUAAACCAACCGAAGCGAGGCAAAAUGAAACUCAAACCAGUUUUCUUCCGCUACAAAUUAUCUUGUCUGACGUUUAGCCUCAUCACACCCUUAAUCUUCGGUUCAACAAUGAGGAAUUUUAUCAGUCAUUUAAGGCAGUUGCAUCCAAUAUUUCUCUAGGGCAAAGUGGACAUAAAGUUCAUCAAUCUCUCUGAUAACGUAAGACUUGAAGGAGGAGACGUGUUUCAGAUGGUAGAAAGCACUGUGUACUUUGAGGCCUAUCGUCAUAUACUGGAAGGACUCAAAGAGGUGGAUCCUGCACGCCUUCCUUUACAGGUUAGAAGCGCAUUCGGGAAGCACUAUACUACUUUCGCGACUUACAUUUCAGUUAAUUUUCUAUCGACGUCCUUUUGAACACUGCCACAAAGAAACAAUGCCGAUAACUGAUAAGAAACAUUACUGUUGCAAGAAGUCCUGACCAGUCAUUAACUAAUAACGAAAGACUGAAAAGAAAGCUGGAAACUGACCAUGCCGGAUAGACGCCAAUCUUUUUAAAGCGGCUAUGUCACGCUAAUUGCUUUCUUUUUAAAAAGCUAUCACUUGUUUUCGCAUCAACUGGAUUCCAAAAAUAAUGUUCCAAUUUUGUUAUUUAAAACUAUAUUCAGGCAUUGAAACUUUUCCACGUCGUCUGUUGCUAACGAAUGGCAACGAUGGAAAUAAAAUGAAACUUGAAAACGUUGGCACAACUCUUUAGAGUUUCACUGCUUUGCCUGCAAAAAUCAGCGGCAAAUUAUUAUGACCAGUGCACCCUGAAUGGUGAUGAAAUUUUGUUUGAUAUCGUCUCCAUAACUUUAUUGGAGCAUUUUUUGUAUGAGUAAAGGCAUUAAUCAUUGUCCUUAGUACAGAAUUGACCUAUAACAGCCAUAUCCUCUUGACACAGCUCUUUAAAUACCUCCAUUAUUCCCCUUAAUUAAGAUUUACCCCCCCCCCCUCCUUUAUUAAUUGUUGAUGGAGACUGGUCUGUGCUAUUUUUGUAAAAACAGAAGUACAUUGUCAACUGUGAGAAAGAGGUUGACCCACCAGCUUACUUGAGGAACAGGUAUCGCGGAACAGUAAGGUUUGAUCUCACACCCAUCAUGAGCAAACAGUCCAGAGAUUCAACUACCAGGUAAAAUUAAAAAUCCUUUUUUAAAGACAUUUAAGAAUGGUGUUGCUUAAAUGCAAAGAUUGAGUUUGGUGUGAGAUCCUCCAGUAGUUAUGUACAAAAAGGUCUGGGAAAAAUCCAGUGGAAGCAGUAACAGUCUUAAUCGCGUGCCUUGCUUUACGCGAGCCUUCUCGUCCUUAGUCAUGGGAUGAUAUCUGGAGGCCUUGUUCAGUCGCACUUUGUAAUAAAAUUGUAGCACUUUGUGAUACCUAUUGCAUUUUGCAUUCUAUUAACACUUGUGCGACUUUGUAAUAAAAGAGCGGUCGCACUUUGUAAUAAACUUGAAAUGGAUAGUCGGAGGACCAGUAAACCCAAUAAUAAGUAUCGUCAUCCACAACAACAAUGACAUCAAUAAUAAUAAUAAUAAUAAUAAUAAUAAUAAUAAUAACAAUAAUAAUGAUAAUAAUAAUAACAUUCCACUGAAAGGUUUUCAGCACCAAUUUCUCAAGUGUGGGUGAAGAAAAGUGGUCAAGAUCUGUGUAGGAAAGUACAGCUCUUUCUAUGACCUCGAAACCAUGAGAUAGUGUCCAUUACAGCGAGAGUCCGUAAUUAUGGGAUUUUUUAUUGGAAUUUAGCUGCUAUCCCUAUUAUCUGGUUUUCUAUAAAAGCAAGAUGUCCUUGACUUUAUAAGCAAAAUAUUUUGAAAGUUUUUGUAGCAGCAUGGGAACAAAGAAAUCCGGUUUCAUUACCUGCUAUACUAUUAAUAUUUCAUAGAACCAAAAAACACAAACAUCGAGCACAACAAGGUGCCACAAUUAUUAUCAUAACCAGACAAUCAUAAUUUCAUCAUCAUCAUCAUCGUUAUUAUUACUGUUAUUAUCGCACUAUUGCAAAUCAUUUGCCAACGUCAAUGUCCCACAAUUAUUGCCAAUUUUGCAGAAAUUUCGAAUGCGCUAUAACUGACAUAAAACAAGACAGAUUUAUAAUACUGCGCAUAUUUUCUGCAAUCAGAAAUUGCAACUAGCUAAAUAUUGAAAAGUGUCUCUGCCUAGAGCUUUGAAGUAAGCUACUUGUUUCUCCAAAAUAUGUCCAUGAUAAUAUGAUGAUGAAAUAUCCAAGACCUUUAUAACGCAGUACCAGCCAAGCAUUUUCCCAUUUUCUGCAUUUUGAGAUUAUUCAUCGUAAUUCAAACACGACACCACUUGAAUGCCCAAACAUUUUUGUGAUAUUUUUUGGCGCUGACAUUUCCCAUUAAUACCGCGAGUAUUAAUAACUUUGCACAGUUGAUUGUAAACUUGACAUCUGUGGGUAGGCCACGAAAAUGUUCCAGAUCCUUUUUUUAACAAUGAAUGACGUUAUUGUCUUAGAUAAUUAACGUGUUAGCCAAGUUCUUGAUUUUGUCAGACACCUCAGUCUACUAUUUGUGUAUUUUUCGCGUUGAGGGAAAAGCUAUGGAAUUGCAUUUUGCCAAUAAAUUCAACAACAUGGCUUGAUAAUGACAUCAAAUUACGUCAUCGUCUCAAUCAAGUUAUGCGUAGAUGUUGCAAAUAAAUAAUACAUUAUAUCUCUGUGUUAUUGCGGUGGCCGUUUUAGGAGUGGCCCUUAUAUAAAAUAAUCAGUCAUCAUAAAAUAUCCUCAAUAAUAAUAACAAUAAACAGUUAUUAUUAUUGUUUUUGUUAUUAUUGUCGUCGAUGAUGAUACUUAUUUGGGUUUACUUGUCCUGCGACCAUCAAUUGGUCUGUUGUUACAAAGUGCGACAGCUUUUUUAUUACAAAGUGCGAAAAGUGUUAUUACAAAAUGCGACAGGUAUUACAAAGUGCGUCAAUUUUAUUACAAAGUGCGUAGAUUAUUACAAAGUGCAAUAGAACAGGCCUGUGCCCCUGAGUCUGGAAAUGGUCUUCAUCAGAUUUUAACCCCAUUAUGUUCUGGGCCUGUCACUUUGCUCAAAAUAUUUGGCUUGGAUUACCAAGGGCUAGAGGAAGCACUCAACUGGCCAGCGAGUACCCGCCGAAAUAAAGGACAGGCAAUUUCAAAGCAGAUAUGGCCAUGUCCAUGAUGUGUUUUGUUUCUCAUCGCCCAAAGGACCAACUACAACUUUCUCUUACACCAAACAAUACUCAUUAUGUUUAAUAAUAUUUGUGAAGACGAGUUUCAUGUAGGAAAUCUUAACGACACAUCUCGCUGUCGCGGUUUUCUUUAUAUACUUUUCUAAAUUUUGCUUAAAAUUCCAAAAGAAUUUCAUAUAAGGUUCUAGUUUUAGAAGUUUUAUGGCCUUUUCUAACCUGUGGGAAAGUGCCACAAAGAAAUGGGAGACUUCUACACGAAACCAAGCCCUUUCCCUAUGCUUUAACUGUUUUCUCUUUCGUUUUCUCAUUUCUUAUGUGUCGCGCUGUCUUCGAUAAGGGAUUUUCAGCAACAACCAAAAUAGUUCCGUUAACACUGCUACACUGAAAGAAACGUAUUAGUGUUUCUUGGUGUUCUCAGUAAGGCUGUCACUGAUAUACUUAACGGUCUAACUGUUGUUGUUCGAUUCGGGUUUUGCAGCGCUUCCAGUCUAAUGCGUUUGAGGACACGAUUUGCCGGAUUGAAUCUGAACAAUCAGAGCGGUAAGUAGAACUCUUUUUUAGACACCUGAAACUUACAACGUAGUUUUCAAAUCUUGCUAACCCGGGGGUUACUUGGGUUAAUUUUUGCUGGGUAUGUGCCGCUGGCCUCUCAGAACCCCCACCCCAUUAUAGUCUAUUCUGUGGCCAAAUAUAGACCCCAUCUCAGUCACUUUGGGAAAAAUGUAAUUUUUGCGAUCUCAACAUAGUAACAUUCUGUUUAUGCAUCUAAUUUAUAAAGCCUUUAAACUAGGACAGCCUGAAAUGAAUUGACACAGUGGUUAAACUUUACUAAUGAAGUAAAACCUUCCCAUUUUUAAAUCCCCACCUACGUACCUGAAUUUUCUGAUUCCACAAAUCCUGAAAAUGUACGAUCCCAUUCUACUAACUCUAAUGAAAAUGUCAAUCCAGCCUUGAAAUACCCCAUCCAGCGGCCCAUCCCCAUUAGAAUAUUACUAGGAAGUUUCCCCCCCCCGGUAGCCAACUUGUCAGCUCUUUGAAGUCUUGAAUUUAUAAUACAAGAUUGGCUUUUCUUUCCUCUGCGACGGUACGAUGAGUAAUUUCUUGAAAUGAGACUUGCGUGGAAACGAAGCGCCCUUGAAUUUUUUAUCAUUAUUAAGUUUCAACCGAAAAAAAGAGUAAGGUUAAAAAAAAUACACAAAGAAAAUGCCUACAUGGAAUCCUUCUAACAUCAAGAAACGUAUCAUCAAAGCACAAUUCUUGUUACUCAUUUACUCACUUAAAUUUCAUGCGCGUAAGUUGCCAGUCAUCUUCUAAAAAAAUGUCACGGUGGCCGGUUGCUAUGGCCUUUCCUCACGCGCCUCCUAAAACUGAGAGUUUUAGUCCAUAGACAGAAGUAGAAUGCAUCGAAUGUAACGAAACUUGGCAGGGAAGAAGGUUGAUACAUUACCUGUUAAUUGGUUUUAUUUCAUUCCAUGUGUCUCCUGUUGUGACUUCAUAACGGCCAAAUUUGGCAUCAGAGUAAAAAUUCAGGAAAUACGUCAUUAUGACGUCACAAUGGCGCAUUUGGUGACGAAAAACGCCUCAUAGCACCAUAUACACUAAGUAAAAAAACGACAAUUUUGAUUUUAUGCAACUUUGUCCUUGUUCCUAUGCCAAUACAUUCUUUGUUCUCGCGUUUAAAAUACCCUUAAUUUUGACCAUAUAUAUGGUCAUUUGGCGGGAGAUUUGAUCUUCUUUUAUUAGCUGUAACUUCACGCCAUUUUGUCUGAUUGAGAUGGGGUUUUCACUAUACAUAUCCUUUUUUUGUGUAGCAAAAAUGUCUGUAACGUUUCGAACACUGCUUUUCAAAUUUUUAAUGUUACUUAAAAUAGGUGUCACUUAUCACGUCAUACUUUCAAGAAACGGCAAAAAUACCUUUACAAUGGUAAAAAUUUAAAGAAAUUUUUUCUCUAAUUAAGAUGUUCUAAUGUCUUGCUUCAUUUGGAAUAUAAACUACUCCUCUGUGAGCCAAAAAAUGAAUUUAAGAAGUUGCUGGAGGAAAAGCCUUAGCAGCCGACCAUCGUGGUCCAGAAUAUUAGUGCGUAAUUUUCUCUUCCCCAAAGGAAACAAUGUUCCAGUUCUAAGCUUAGCCUCCUGGCCGUCCGCGAAAGAGCUGGAACUAGAUGACUCCCAGUACAAGGCUAUACAGAUGGCGCUGACAAAAGAGUUUGCGGUUAUUCAAGGACCACCAGGCACUGGGAAGACAUAUAUUGGGCUUAAAGUAAGUGAAAAUCUAAAAAUUGGUCCAGGUCGUCAUUCAGGCUUCUUGAGAGCUAAUCCACUCUUACAAAUGUGAUAAAGGUGGAAUCGUCUGAACAUAUCGAACUGGGGGAUACGACGAUACACUUCAUUUAGCGGAUAAAUCAAAUUGAGAUACAUAUAUAUCUAGCCGGAUUUAUGAAAACCGCACCAGCGAGCUCCUGGAGGCCACACACCUUAAACUGACUCAAAUAAAAUAAAUAUUUCCAAGAAACUCGGCUCUUACUCAUGGUUCUCUUAAGGUGACUCUUUUCUUGGUUCCUGAUUAGCAAAAGAACAUUCAAGUCCAUCAAAAAGACACUCUUGGCCAUACACUCUAGCUGCUUAAAGGUUCUAGAUGAUAGAGGAUGCUUGAGACUUAACCAAGUUCUAAGCAGAGUAUUCAAGGUCAAAUCACCCCCCUGACUUCGCCCCCCCCCCAGCCUAGCACGUGCUUGAGGGGAAUGCUUUCAUUGGCCAACGGGCGUGAAGCAUUAAAAGAAUUUGACAUGACAAACUAAAUGCAGACAUGACCAGUGCACUGACUCUCCAAGAGCAAGACUAACAAAAAGUACCACGCUUUUGCAGCACCCUCCCCCGCUAGGGAUUGAUAUGGAGGCCCCCUCCGAACCCAUGACGAGUCAGCUCAGUGACUGGGCUUGACAAUGAGACUAACCAGGAAAGCAAGCCCCCUAUGUUUUUUCUCACCCCAGUGACCAGAAACCUGGCUAUCGCCAGGUUCCUGUGCGAAUAUUCUGAUCAGUUUUGAGGUAUGUUUUCAAAAACUCGGCUAGAUAUAUGACGAUAAGUAUUGUUGAAUUUGGCGGUGUAGACACUUUCACGACCCAUAUCUAACUCCCCUUUUGAUUAAAGAAAAUACCUUUCACUAAGAAAACAGAGGACAGUGAAAAAACGCUACAAUUCUAGAUGCAGAAAGCUGCAAAGAUGUAUGCUUCCAUUUAUGUACAAUUGGAGAACAUUUAUGUAACCCUUUUGUAUCUUUUGUAUACUUUUUCUUUACGCUAAGACUCUCGUCAGGAGCCGAUUACUUCGGAUCCUGAGCCUCUCGUAUGGUAAGUAUAAUUGCUAGCAUCAUCACUGAUACUCUUUUUCCUCAAAGGCCAGUGAGAAUCAGAUAGAAGUAAAGCUCAAAAGGGCCAGCAAGGCGGUUAGCCAUGCAUAUCAAAAAAAAGGUUGGGGACUACGAAUGCUCCCGCAUUUUCCUCAGGCCAGGGAUAAAAGAGCGAGGAAAAAAGUCGCGAGCGCGCGUGACAAUAGCCACCCGCGAGUAAGGUGACUCACGUAGGGAAGAGCACCAGACGUCUCACUUCUCCUCACGCGUGGUGGUUUCCACUCGCGCUCGUGCAUUUCGCUCCCUCAACUACUCGCAGUCUAGAGUAGUUUCCACCCUUGCUAAUAUCAGUAGCUUCCGCCACAAAAGAACGUUUAUUGUUUGCCACAGAUAGCCAAUGUCUUGCUGCAUAACAAGGCGGAAUGGGACACUGGUACAGAGUUGCUUGAUGACGACAUGGAUGAGCGUUUGCUUCUUUCUGAGCGGCGUCCAAUCCUUGUAGUCUGCUUUACCAAUCAUGCCCUCGAUCAGUUUCUUGAAGGAAUCCACAAGUUUCAUCCCGAGGGUAUCGUUCGCAUUGGGGGACGAAGCAAGAGUGACGUUUUGAAGGAUUGUAGUUUGUCAGAGCUGAAACACAAGAUGCACCAGGUAAGAGUCAAUUGUCACUUGGAGAAUGAGCUAUUCUUUUCUUCGCUCCUCAACGAAUGUUGUAUCGAAAGUCCCUGGUCGAAGGCCUCUCGAAAACCAUAGAUAUCUCGCGAUUCACCUUUUAUUAACCGAGCACAUCAAAAUAAUGGUGAAAAAAGCAGAAAUGCUCGUGUUCCUUGGCCCUCCGUUAAAAUUUGUCGUUUCUUGCAACUGAAUAAGUGAUCGAUGGAGAUAAGGAUUCGUAGCCUGUAAACUGAAUUAUGAAACUUUAAGCACAAGCCGAGAUACAGUCUUAGCUAAUUAAUCCUGUAUACACGAGAAUAGACGUUUGUGUGUUGGAAUUAGCUUAUGCAUCUGUAAUAAGUCAAAGUGAAAUUCAGGUUAAAAUGGUUAUAACCAAGCCAAAAGGUUGAUUCUCAGUUUCCUUUGUUUGCUAUUCAAGUGAGAAACCGAGAUUCGAACUACGUUGAAACCAAUAUCAGUUCAUUUUGACUUAAAUCAUACCUAAAGAAAUUUGCGGGACGCUUGUGAAAUACACCAAAGAUGAUUUUACAAGAAUCAUGGAUUUCCUUACUUUGGUCAGUAGCUGUUAUACAUAUUAACCUGUUAAUAAGAAGCACCUGCCCCCCUCCCCCCCACCCCCCCCAGAGAGAGUAUCCUAUAUACAGACUCCCCCCCCCCUCCCCUCCCACAUUAAAACCAUUCCAACUUAUAUACCUCCAGAUCUGAGAACCCUCCCAAACAGACACAAAAGGAACAACAAAAAGACGAACGACCAUGGAGACACCAAACAACAAACUAAAA